AUGGUGGGGCUGUCCUUGGCGUUCUCUGGUGGACGUGACUCUCGGCCCCACUUCAAGGCGGUACAAAUGGGCCAGAGAAUUGAGAGGCUGCAGGCCUGCCGCUCAGAAACUAUUCCUCCCGCGAGGCUCCGGGGCCGCGCGGGCGCCGGGGGCCCUCGGGGUUCCAGGCCGCGGCGAUCUGCCAGGGACCCAGGAGCCCAGAGGACCAAAGCCGUCAUUCGAAAACCCGCCUCCGAGUCCCUUCUGCGACUGGGCAAACUGAGGCCCCGGGAGGGCCGGCGCCUGGCCCGGGGUCCCCAUUCCCUCUCCCCCCACCCACCUCCAGCGGCCCGGGCCGCCGCGACCCACGCCCGCGUCGGUCCUCGCGGUGCGCACAGCCCUCCCCGCCCCCGCUGCCAUCCUGCCACGCCCCGGGCGUCGGGGGCAAAGCCCGCGCCCCCCCGCACCCGCCUCUGCGCAGAGGCUGGGGGCCUGUUUAUCUGGAGGCCCCCACCCCCCUCCACCCCGGGGGGCCCGCUCCCCCCGCGCCCCGGGGAGCUCUGGGGCCAGAUAAGCUGGCAAGCUGGCACGGCGCCGCGCAGCAGGGCGGAGAGUUACUGUAGGGGCAGUGACGCCGCCGCUGCCGCCGGAGCGAGGGAGCGACGAGUAGAGAGCGCGAGAGGCGGAGAGCGAGAGACGCGGACCCCGGAGGCGAGCGGCCGAGGAGCCCAGUCCCAACUCCGGGCCCCGGCCCCUCGCGCCCCGGCCCGGCCCGCUGCCUCUCAGAGCAAGGCCGGCUGGAGAGGGCAUCCGGGAUUCCAUGUCAGCCCCCACUCCCACAACACGGCCAGGGCGUAA